UAUUCCUUCGUCUCUCGGCCUUCGGCGGCCGCUGAGGCGACACAAAGGAAACAGCCUCCGCAUCACCCUCCUCCGCAACGGCUAUCUCCCCUCAUUAGUUUGAUCUCCUUUGACCCUUCUUUUGUAGCGUAUGGAUUUCCACGGCAGCAGUGGCAGCAGCAUCAAUAACAUUGGUAUGUGGGACUGGCAAGACGAAGAUUGUUGCCUGGCCAGAGAUUCCCGGCUUGGUUUGUCUCAUUGCCCGUGGGAUGACGAUAACCGGAAAAAUGAGUGUCUGCUGAAUGUCCUGGUGAAUCAAACUCCAAUUAGAGAUUGUGGCUUGGAUGUCAUUGAUGCAGUAGCAGGUAAGACUAAGAGAGGUCUCGAAGAACAUAAAGAGGCAUCACAAGUAAAAAGGCGUCGGGUUCUACGAUUUCCUUCUGUUGCUGACGGUGCCACAGCUGACAAUGGACAGCCAUCUUCUGCACCAGUACGUUCCAAGGGUGACUCCAUGGUAGUAGAUGGAUGGCCAGAAAAUUUACAGUGGAAUCCCAUCUGGAGUUCAGAUGAUAGUUUUCUGUUUAGCAAGGAAGUCUUGGACCAAUCAUCAGAUGAGUGGCUAGAGAACUAUUUUAAUGACAGUGAUAUGUAUUGCAGCUCUAAUGAAAUGUCUUCCAGUAACAAUGAACAUAUCGAGCCCAAUGAUCAAGUUGAUGUUGCAGAUUUCUGCAAUGUAGAACCUGAUACAAGGACUAUUGUCAUCCCCAAAACCCCCAAGGCUUCUACUGUUAAGAUUUUUACGGGUAGAAGAUCUCAUAUCAAUUCUCCCACAAAGUUAACUACCUCUGUUGCUUAUCCUUUUAGCCUGGUGAAACCAUCUGAAGUCCAAGGGCACUUGACCUUGAAAGACAUAAAUCAGCGGAUUCAUGCUCCGCCACCAUCAAGAUCAUUCGACAAGAAGGACAAUAACCCUUCCAUUAUUUAUCCAACCUCUGCUUUUUCUGGGAAGCCUGUGGUUGUGAAAACUAAGAUUCUCACCCAAGGGGGAAAAGGAAGCAUUACAAUCCUAAGAACCAAAGGCUGAGCAGGUGGCCUUCUUUUAAAUAAGAUUAGCAGUCAGCGAAUGUGCUGAGGCAUCACCAAGAUCCUGAUCACCAAAGGCUGACCUCAUGGGUCCAAUUCUAAAUCAUUUUUUGUGCAUGGCAUGUCAUCGAUUCUUUGUUUCUGUCAAUUUUAUUGAUUAAUUUGUGGGUGGCAAUUGUGUUGCUCCUGAAUGGAAUGCGUUAACUUGCCUUUUGCUGGGUCUAAUUUUGUGUACUUGGGCAUUUGAGUGAAACAAUAGAGUCCUUUUGAUUAAGACAAAGAUGGUAUUGUUCUUGAACAAGUUUGCUUUUCU